GUGAACCCAGCGGACACAGUAAUGGAUUUGAAGCAGUUUCUGGCCGACGCGCCCGAGACGUGCUUCUAUACCGCGUACGACCUUAUCCUCACGAAGCCGGAUGGAUUGCGUUACCACCUGAUGGAUUACGUGGAGAUCGGGGAGGUUGCUGACGUGGCAGCGGGCGGGUGCCUGCUGGAGAUGUUCAACACGUUCUACGACGACCGCGCGGUGCGGCUGCACGUGCGUAAAACGAGGGAGCUUAUAUCGAUGGCCGGGUCGUACUCUAGCGCGUCUACGGCCAUGGCGGCGGAAUAUGAGCUAGUUAAGGGGCUGGCUACGGAGCGCGAGCUUGGAGGGGAUGAGAAGGAGGAGGGCGAGGGGAAGGAGGGCGAGGGGGAGAAGGGGGAGAAGGACGGGGAGAAGGAGGGGGAGGAGGGCGGGGAGUGGAAGAAGAGCGGGAAGGGGAAGAAGGGGAAGGGGCGGCGGAGCAAGGAGGAGGAGGCGAAGGAGAAGGAGCGGCGGGAGAAGGAGAAGGAGCGGGAGCGCAAGGCGAAGCUUCCGAGCAGCAAGGCGCGCGUGGAGGAGAUCGCGUCGCUGGAGCAGGGCGUGGGGCUGGGCGAUGAUCCCAAGGGCGUGCUCGCGAAAGUCAUGGUGAAAGGCGGCGCGGACGAGGACGCCGCGCCUGUGUGUGUGGAGAGCAUCGCCUUCUCUUCUUUCAACCCUGUCCCCGGCCCCAGGAGGCUCCAAGGCGACCUCGUGUACCUGGAGGUGGUGACAGCAGAAGGCAAGCUCUUCUGUGUGACGGCACACACGAGGGGCUUCUUUGUCAACCGCAGUGGCAGCGGCCGCAAGCUGGACCCGCGCCCUGCUGAACCCAAGAUGGACGCGUCCACUCUCAUUGGGCUGCUGCGGCAGAUCAGCCCUCUCUUUUCUAAAGCCUUUGCUGAGGUGAUUGAGCGCAAGGCCAACCGCCACCCGUUCGAGAACAUGCUGGCGCCGCUGCCACCCAACGACUGGGCGGCGAAGCCCAUCUGGGGCGGCGCGGACGGCACGGGGCCGCUACAGUACACGCGUGACGUGGCGCGAUCCGAAGACGCUCUAAUGGCCCCCUUUGGGAUUGAUUUCAGUGGGGUUCUGAGGGAUUGGAACGAGGAGCUCCAGAGCUGCAGGGAGUUACCGCGUAACUCGUUACAAGACCGGAUUCUCCGCGACCGGGCCUUGUACCGAGUCAGCUGCGAGUUUGCUGACUCAGCGGUUCGCGGCGCGAAGGCUGUGAUUGGCCGGUCGAUUCCGCCUAUCAACCCCCACGAUGCGGACAGGUUCCAUAUGUAUGUUCAUAAUAAUAUCUUCUUUUCGUUGGCUGUUGACGGGGAUUUUGCGGCACUGCAGCAGAUUCGAGAGGCUGAGCUGAAGCAGCAGGCGGAGGCGGAGGCUGCUAAGAAGGGGAAGGGGGAGGGCGGGGAGAAGAAGGAAGGGGGAGAGGAGGGGAAGGAGGAGGGGAAGGAGGAGGAGAAGAAGGGGGAGAGUAAGGAUGAGAAGAAGGAGAAGAGGGACAAGAAGAAGAAGGAGAAGAAGGAUAAGAAGGAGAAGGAGAAGAAAGAGCAGGAGGCGGCUGAGGAGAAAAAGGCGGAGGAGGCGAAAACAGAGGAGGGAGAUAAAAAGGAAGAGGAGAGGAAGGAAGGAGAGAAGGAAGGGGAGAAGAAGGAAGGGGAGACAAAGGAAGGGGAGAAGAAGGAAGGGGAGAAGGAAGGGGAGAAGAAGGAAGGCGAGGAGGACACAGCAACAGCAGCAGCGGCGCCCGUGACGGAGGCAGAGCAGGCGACGUAUGCAUCGUCCAACAACGACCUCAAGGGCACCAUGGCCGUCAACAACGCUGACAUCCCCGGACUCUACUCGCUUGCCAUGGCCAUCGUGGACUAUCGCGGGCACCGAGUCAUUGCUCAGAGCAUCAUCCCGGGCAUCCUUUAUGGUGAUCGCACCACGCAGAUGCUGUACGGGUCGGUGGACACGGGCAAGACCAUCAAGUGGAGCGACUCCUUCCACCCCAAGGUGGCGGAGCUGGGCAAGGCGAUGCACCUUAAGGAGCACAAGGUGACGGACGGGGAGGGCAAGGAGGCGACGCUGUGCUCGCCUGUGGAGACCAAGGGCAUUCUCGGCAGCGAUGACAGGAAGUACCUUUUGGAUCUGAUCCGCCUCACUCCCCGCGACGCCAAUUUCACCGCCACCACCACCACCACCACCACUGGCACCGACACCAACACCACUACCAACGCUGCCAACGCGGCCAAUGCAGCCAACCGCCUGGCGAUUCUGCGUCCCGAGCUGGUGGAGAAGUUCUGCCGGGAGGAGCAGGUGGAGCGGUGGAUGGCUCAGCAGGGCGUGAGCGAGCGGCCAAGCGCAGAGGAGGUGGAGGAGCUGAGGGAGAAGGGCGAACUGCCUGACGUGCUGUUCAACCCAAACGCACUCACUGAGUUCAAACUGGCUGAUGAUCCCAAGGAGGUGGAGGAGGACGAGGCAUUGGUGCGCAAGGCGGGCAAGUACCUGAUUGAGACGGCGCUGCCAGCGCUGGUGGCGGAUAUCAAGAGCAGCGAGGGAUGGCCCAUGGAUGGGCGCGCGCUCGCCAGCACCAUGCACGCCCACGGCGUCAACCUGCGCUACCUGGGGCGGGUGGCAAAAGAAGUGGCUGACGUGGAGCAGGUGUAUUGGCUGUGCGUGGCGGAGAUGGUAGUACGAGCAACCAAGCACGUGCUCAAGGCUGUUCUCCGUGAGACGCUCGAGCAGGACUACAAGUACCAGUUUGAGAUCCCUCCUGAGACGCGUAAGAUGGUUCGCAGCCUUGCCACCCUCCGAAACAUCUGCCUCAAGAUGGGCAUCGUCUUGGCUGCAAGGGAUUAUAACCUUGAAUGCGACGUACCCAUCGCGAUCGCAGACGUGUGCGACCUGCUGCCGCUGGUCAAGUUCGCCUCACCCGCCUGCAGCGACGCACAGAAGCUGCUGGAGAAGGGCAAGAGCCUCGUGCACAAGGUCGGCCUGCCUCUGCGCCCGCGUUUCUCCGCGGCCCCUCAGAGCGGGCAGUGGCUGCGGGAGCACGAGACGACUCUGAAUUCCGCGUUUGAGAUUCUCAGCGAGGCCUACCAGAUCCUGCAGCAGGUGUGCGGGCCACUUCAUCUGGACGUUGCAGCAUGCUGCAGGUACCUGGCUCUCAUCUUCUAUCAUGCAGGCGAGACAGGAAAUGCCAUCCUGCAGCAGCACCGCGAGCUGAUCAUCAACGAGCGCGUUGUGGGCACGGAUCACCCCGACACCGUGCAUAGCUACGGCAACAUGGCGCUGUAUUUCCAUGCCAUGGGCGAGUCAGAGCUCGCUCUGCGCCACUUCAAGCGCACGCUGCAGCUGCUCUCGCUCUCUGCAGGCAACGACCACCCCGAAGUGGCUUCUCUCUUUGUCAACAUCGCCCUCACGUACCAGGACAUGGGCAAGCUACAGAACGCCAUGAAGUACCUGCAGGAGGCAGUGCGGGUCAGUGAGAAGCUGCUGGGGGAGAAUCACGUGCAGGUGGCCGUGUGUCACCACGCGCUCGCCUUGGCCUUCUCUUCUAUGGGGGCCUUCAAGCUCGCGCUACAGUCAGUGAGUGAGAAGCUGCUGGGCGAGAAUCACGUGCAGGUGGCCGUGUGUCACCACGCGCUCGCGCUGGCGUUUCCCUCCAUGGGGGCGUUCAAGCUCGCGCUACAGGUGAGCUCAAGCUGCCUCUCCAGGUGUGUUAGGUCGUGA